UUUUUUAGGAAAUGUACUUUUAGCGCUCAUAUUUUUUAAUUUGUUCAUCCAUUUUGAUAGUUUUGCUUUAUUAGAAACUGGCUAUAAUAACUAUAAAGGAAUAAAUAAAGAAAACUACAAAAAAGUUGAACCAGGAUUAUUGAAAUGCACUUACUUGUUUGCUGGUAUAAAUCAUUUACUUUUAACUAAAUUACUUUUUCAACAUCAGCUUUGUGAUUCAAAAACUGCAAUCUCUUUAGUCUCUCAUGGUAAUCAAUUUGUAAAAAAACAGAUAGCGUCAUUGUACUUCAACAAAAAAGUUGAAGUUGGAUCAUUGUGGUUAUUGAACAUGUAUACAUGUAUAGUUGGAAGAUACACAGAUUAUUUUUUAAAUAAACGUAGUAUAAAAGAAAAUAGCUCUAAGAUUGCUGAAAUUUUAAAAUGUCACGAGUUUGUUUUAAAAAAAUUACUUUUAGAGUCCAAAACGUGUGAUACAAACAGUCAAUUUCACAUGACUAACAUUGGCUUAGACUAUACUCUUAACUUUAACUUUGACUAUAUCUUAUCAUUUAUUUUGAAAAACAAAGAUGACAUUGAAAAACUAAUUGACAAUAAUAAUGAUAAUGGAAAAUUAGUAUACGGAAAUCCUAUAGUGUUUAGUAGAAUUUAUUUAUACUUGAAAAGAUUUGGACGUAGUACCACUAAUGCGAUAAAGUUAAUUAAUAGUUUUAACUUACGAAUACAAUGGGGAGAUAUUACUGUGAAACUGAAAGAUGUUUAUAAUAAUGCCAAUAAACUUGAUUGGCCAACUACAAAUCUUCGUUCAUGCUUGUUGUUUUAUUCAACUAUUUUUGAUUUUUUCAAAGUAAUCAUGUUAAGAUUGACUUGGAAACAAUUUUUAUUUAUUAAAAAUCAAGAUGCAUCAUUGAUUGAAACCCUUAUGAACCAAUGGUUAAUGUCACUUAAAAAUUUCGUCAAGUUUCUAGCAUUAGAAAGUGAUACUGUAACUAAAGCUGUAAUAGAAAGUAUUUCUAAGCAUAUUGAAAAUUAUCCCUUGAAAAACGAUGGAAAUAUUGAUUUCAUUAAGUUACCAAUUUAUCAGAAGAAGUAUACAGAAAAAUUUGUAAAUUAUAUUAGCAAUAUAAUAUCAGUACUUUGUGAAGGGUUAGGCUGUAAAAUUGUUGAGAAUUGGAAUACAGAAGAAGUGUUACAGACAUCCAAUCGAACUAACAUUUUUUUAGAUUGCGAUAUAUCACGAUCUAAUGAAGUAUAUAAUGAAAUUACAGGUAUUAUGACUGGCCCCUGAUAUAUAACCGAAAAAGACCAGAUAGAAAUCCAAAAUCCUUUGCAUAUAGCGGAUUCAACCUUGACAUAAACCUUAAUUUUUAAACUACCGAACUGG